AUGGCUGCUGCGGGAGUUUCCCAAGCUAGCUCUCCGCGUUUGCCCAGUCCUCCCCCGUUCACUGAGGUUCAAAUUGGGCCCAAGUCACCCUCGGUCGGUGAGUCCUUCGACUCGGAAACUGAGCAACUGCUGGGCGCUUCGCAAGCCGCCGAAGAUGGCUCAACUCGUCGCAUUCGUCCGGGCACCCGAGCCAUCGAUAUGGCGUUUGGUCCCCCGUUGAUUCCUCUUUCUCAGCUCGAUUCCCCCUUUCAACUCCAGGAGCAUUUAAAGGCUCUUUACAACCACUUUACGCGACCCGAGGGCUCCGAUACCAUUAUCCCCAUCAGUCGCGAUGUCGCGAUCCAGCUGGCGGAGCCCCCGGACGGCAUCGACCGCUCGCUCUGGCUGUACGAGCUCUGCCGUUUCCUGACGAUGAAAGUUAACAAUCUCAUCGUCGCUUUCUUCGCCGACUCCCCCCCUUGCUCCGCGCAAACGUGUCCCGAAAUGCGAGCCUCCGAGUGGCAGUAUCUGUGCGCCGUCCACGAUCCACCCAAGGCCUGCUGCGCCAUCGACUACUGCUGCCACACCCUCGACUGGGCCACCAACAUUCUCACCUCGCCCAAGUACUUUCCUAGUCGACUGACGCUGGGCGCGGAGGGCGGGGGCGGCGCCCAGGCCAGCAUGAGACACCUGACCAACAUUUUCCGUCGCCUGUAUCGCAUCUUUGCGCAUGCCUGGUUCCAGCACCGGGAGGUCUUCUGGCAGGUGGAGGGACAUGAUGGACUCUAUAUCUUCUUCAAGACCGUCUGUGACAUGUACAGUCUGAUUCCGGAGGAUAAUUAUACGGUGCCUGCAGAAGCGGAGGGCUUGGAUAAUGUUCAGCAGCAACAGCAGCAGCAAUCGGUAGCUGCGCCGGCAGCGUCAGGUUUUGAUCAUGGCGAUGGACGGAGGGUGACUAUCCUGCGGAAGGAGAAUGAGCCGUUCUCUGCUGGUAUGGAGCCGCCGUCGAUCAGCACGGCCGCCACCACGAGGCGCCACAAGGCUAGUUCGUCGAUCAGCUCGAUUAGCGAAAGUGCCGAGGAUGACGACCAAUCGAAGCAGCAUGCUGUGGCAGCGGCUACGGCUGCAGUGGCUGCUGCCGCCGCUUCCAAUGCCGCUACCGGUGGUCAGAGCAAGCCGCAACCCGCACCGCAGGCUAGUGAGGAGCCCAAGCAGCCUGCUGAGCAGACGUCGCCCGGUAGCCCUGAAUCGCAAGUCACUGUCGCUGAGGUACGCGAGGAUGAGCCGGUAGCGGAACCCCAAGCUGAGGUCACGACCAUGGAGACCGAGAGCAAGGCCGAUGCUGCUGCGGAUACUGCUCCUGCUCCGGAACCAACAUCUGAGGAGAGGCCAGAGCAGCCAGCUGGCGCCGACGUGGAGACCAAGUCAGAGGUUGAGGAAGCUUCCACGAAGGAGAUCUCGACACCAGAGUCGACGGCGGCUGAUGAGUCGUCUACCGAGACUGCAGAGGUCGAAACCGCACAGGAGGCGUGA